UUUUCCUGGGGGUGUUUAAUCAAUCGCUGAAAUCCAUUGAAGACUCUCCGAACUCGACUCUGGAGAACUCAUCUUCCCUCCCUCCCGACCAAAAAUCAUUCCAUUCCACUCAACUCACCUUUUCAUGGAGUUCGAUAAUAUGGAUGUGCCAUCGGAUAGAUUUGGCCGUGGGUUGGAAUCAGUCCUACCAAAUUACAAGUUUGGUAAAACUCUUGGAAUUGGCUCUUUCGGGAAGGUGAAAGUAGCAGAGCAUGUGCUUACAGGGCACAAGGUUGCUGUCAAAAUCCUUAAUCGCCGUAAGAUUAAGAACCUGCAAAUGGAAGAGAAAGUGAGAAGAGAAACCAAAAUUCUGAGAAUGUUUAUGCAUCCUCAUAUCAUACGUCAAUAUGAGGUAAUAGAGACCGCUACUGAUAUUUAUGUCGUCAUGGAGUACGUCAAAUCUGGAGAGCUCUUUGACUAUAUUGUGGAGAAAGGUAGAAUUCAGGAAGAUGAGGCUCGUACCUUUUUCCAGCAGAUAAUAUCGGGCGUGGAGUAUUGCCACCGGAAUAUGGUUGUUCACAGAGACCUUAAGCCCGAGAAUGUGCUUUUGGAUGCCAGGCUCAAUGUAAAGAUUGCAGACUUUGGGCUGAGUAAUAUCAUGCGUGAUGGUCAUUUUCUGAAGACGAGUUGUGGAAGCCCUAACUAUGCUGCUCCCGAGGUUAUUUCAGGAAACUUGUAUGCUGGACCUGAAGUAGAUGUAUGGAGUUGUGGAGUUAUAUUGUAUGCUCUUUUAUGUGGCACUCUUCCAUUCGACGAUGAAAACAUUCCUCAACUUUUCAAAAAAAUAAAGUCUGGGAUAUACACACUGCCAAGCCAUUUAUCUCCUGAUGCUAGAGACUUGAUACCAAGGAUGCUUGUGGUUGACCCAGUGAAAAGAAUUACUAUCCCUGAGAUCCGUCAACAUCAUUGGUUCCAGAUUCAUCUUCCCCGGUAUCUUACUGUUCCUCCCCCUAAUACUAUGGAGCAGGCCAAAAAGAUUAACGAGGAGGUUCUUCAAGAAGUUGUCAACAUUGGAUUUGACAGAAACCAGGCUGUGGAAUCUCUUCUCAAGCGGAUACAAAAUGAGGCUACUGUGACAUACUACUUAUUGCUGGACAGUCGGUUUCGUAGUCCUAGUGCCUACCUCGAAUCCGAGUUUCAGGAGACAAAGGGUGAUGGUUUCAAUUCUAUGUGUCCGAUUGAAACUAGUGCUUCACAAGUUGGCCACUGGAGUCACGCAAAUAUGGUGGAUCACCAGGGAAUGGUUCCAAGAUCACAAAUCCCGAUCGAUAGAAAAUGGGCUAUUGGAGUUCAGACUCGGCAACAUCCUCGGGAAAUUAUGAACAGGAUUCUCAACAUUUUUCAAGAACUGAACAUAUAUUGGAAGAAGAACGGGCUCUACAACUUGAAAUGCAGAUGGGUUCCCGGCUUCUCUGAUGGCCAACAUGCCACUAACAACAAUCAGAUGCAUGAAAAUCACCUCUUUAACGAUGAAUCCAGCAUAAUUGAGGACGAAGUUGCCGUGACACCACCAAACGCUGUCAAGUUUGAGCUUCAGCUGUACAAAGCCCGGGAAGACAACUACUUGCUUGAUAUACUCAGAGUUAACGGCCCUCAGUUUUUGUUCAUGGACCUCUGCGCAACGUUUCUGACCGAGCUCAGGAUCAUCUGAACUGAAAGCCAUGCUUCACUUGCAGGGUUCUUCUACAGAUGGAUCAAGUGCUUUCAAGUUAAAACUCUGGAGAUUUUUCUUUUUGGUGGAUUGUGUUAAGGUUUGAUGUGUACAUAAGCUAGAACGUUGGGUGGUAGAUCUUUUGAGGGCACAAUACAAACCCAAAAGUGGUUCAUGAAAGUGUGCUUAUUAUUUGGAGUGGAUCCAUCUACGUUUCGCUUCGUCUUGAGGAUAUUUUAGUUUAUUAUUGGAAUAUGAAGUUGUGAAUGUUGAAUUUCUUAA